AUGGGUGGAGGUCUUGGAGCUGGUGCCAGUGGAGGUGGAGCGGUCGAGGGCAAGGGCGGUCAUGGUCUAGGUCUGGACCUCGUCAACUCAAGCACGCAAGCUGAAUGCAAUGUGGCGACGUCGAACAAGCCCAAUCUGCUAUACUACAAGGGCGUGCCGCUGGCUGGCUUCUUACCGCAAGAGUGCAUCGAAUCGGCCUGCGAGUACAAACCCACCAAGGACGAUCUGUACAUCGCCACGUACGUCAAGUGCGGCACCACGUGGACCCAGCACGUGGUCUACCUGAUCCAGACGGGAGGCGUGCCGCCGUCCAACGCGGAGGAAUUCUACCGGGCCAGUCCGUACAUCGAGGCUUUCGGAGCCGAGUGCGUGCUGUGGAUGAAGAAACCCGGCGCGCUUAAGACCCACUUGCCCGUCCAGCUGUUGGAGUACAGCCCGGAGGCCAAAUACCUCGUUGUCGCCCGUAACCCGCGUGACGUCAUCGUCUCUCUGCAAUACCACUGGCUCGCGUUUGUCGGGUACCAUUACAACGGGACCUUUGACGACGCCUUUGAGCACUUCAUGAACGACGAGAUCGACUGCGGCAACUUCUUCACUUUCUACAAGGACUGGUACGAGCGAAGCCGGGAACCCAACGUGCUCUUCGUCGUUUACGAGGAUCUGAAGCGCAACCCCGAAGAAACGAUUCUCAGAAUCGCACGCUUUAUGGGCGCAGAGUACGAAGCUAAUCUCCUCAAGGACGACCGCAAAAGGCUCUGUGACGUCGUGAAAUACAGCAGCGUGGACGAAAUGAAAAAGUACACCAACGGUAUCAUCCAAGAUUUCUUUCGCGGCAGCUUCAAAUUCCAAGGUCCGGAGUACGAGGGAUUCCGGCAAUUUCAUCGAGGCAUUCAUUCUGCUGGCGUGGAGGCGGCAAACAAAGUCAAAUAUGUUCGGAAGGGAAUUGUGGGAGACUGGAAGAACCAUUUCUCUCAAGAACAGCUCAAACGUCUGAACGAGAAGUUCCAGAGAGAAACUGAAGGCAGCGACAUUGCCAACCUGUGGCCGGACAUGAAUUUCCUUGAGUGAGACAAACUGUAGCAG